ACACACCUCUAUUCGGACCGGGCGAAGGCGGCAGGCCAGCAGCUUCAAGCUGUCUUCUUUCCCGUAUUCUUCUUCUCAACUCCCUUCCUUCCAAAAAUCUCAGAAGCAGCAUCCAUGGAAGAACCCAACCCACCUGAAACCACACCCCUACCUGACGCCACCCAAAGCCUACCUCCACCGCCCCCUGAAACCAUUUCCUCACCUGCCCCUAACGCCGCCCAAGGCCUCCCUCCACGGCCGCCGGAACCCACACCACCACCCGCUCAAAUAGCAAACCCUAACGCCGCGGAGAGCCUCCCUCCAGGGCCGCCUGAAACCACACCCCCCACUCAAACCGAAAACCCUAAGGCAGCCCAAAGCCUCCCUCCGCAGCCGCCUGAAACCACACCCCCGCCCGCUCAAACCGAAAACCCAAAGGCCUCCCAAAGCCUCCCUCCGCAGCCGCCUGAAACCACACCCCCGCCCGCUCAAACCGAAAACCCAAAGGCCGCCCAAAGCCUCCCUCCGCAGCCGCCUGAAACCACACCCCCGCCCGCUCAAACCGAAAACCCUAAGGCGGCCCAAAGCCUCCCUCCGCAGCCGCCUGAAACUACACUCCCAUCCGCUGAAAGCGCAAAUCCUAGCGCAGCCCAGAGCCUCCCUCCACGGCCACCAGCGCCGCCUUCCUUGCCUGCUAAUAGCAAGAAGAGGCCCCUUGACCAAAUUGAUCACAUUAAGAACUCCAGGUACUUCAAGAUGCGAGCUGUUCUCAAAGACCUUCGGCCCCAUUUCAUCGAGGUGCUCCGGACCCCAGACAUUCAGAACUGUAAGGCAGCUCAUGAAAUUCGAGAACAGAUGAAGAUUCUUAUGGAUCUGUACAAGGAGAUGACAACAGAGACAAUCUCCAUAACCAAGUGUAAUUAUGUGCAAGAACGUCCGGUUGCCAGUGAACUACAGCAGGAUGGACAAAAGUCUGGAGAGCCUUCCCUGCUGGGAAAUCUAUCUGAAAAGCUGCGAACUGAAGAUAGUCGGCAUCAGGGGACAUUCGUCGUUGGAGGAUCAGCUUUUGGUUGGAAUUUUAUCACUUAUCCCGGCAAAGAAGCAGUCUAUUAUGGCAGAACAAAAGAUGUGUUCAGGUCUGCAAAUGUAAUCUUGGAAAAAGGCACCGAGGAAGCAAAAUAGUCUAUCUUCCUUUCAUUGUAAGACAUAUACUUCACCCCAAUCUAUAAAUGGGAUAGGAUAGGAUUGUUAGAUCAACUCUCAAGGGGUUUCAAAAUCUAUCAACAUCGAUACCGAACCAUUUUAAAUGUUCAGAUCAGUCAUAUUGUCAUGGCUUUCUAUU